AUGCCUAUCCGCACUCUCAACCAUUUUGCGACCAUCUCGCCCUCCUCCACAACCACGACCACCGAGAUCAUCUCUGAGAAGGAGCCAAUAUACAUCGAGACACGCGAGACGGUCGCGCCCAAGAAGGCCUUCCGUCCCCGUUUCUCCAUUCCUUUCGCAGGUUCUCCCAAGACGCCACGGACUGCAGAGAUCGCGCCACCACAGACACGACUCGAGCCUCCUUCACAGCCCGCCUUCCGACCGCCUUCACCUCAGAUCCCGACCUUGAGCCUCCCGACCAUCAAUCUCACCUCAGCACAGGGCGAGCAGAGUAAGAUGGAAGACAUGAGCAAGCCAUUGACCCUCUUCCAACCACCCACUCCAGCGGAGGCGAGGCGGAGAGCAAAGGCACAUGCAGCGUUCGGUCCAUUGGGAUCGAAACAGCACCUAUACACCUCACAAUUCACUGGCACGGAGUUCCCUGAGCCCAUAGAGGAUGAGCCACCAUACUACUUCCUGAUCACGACAUACAUCUCUUAUUUGAUCCUAAUCAUAUUCGGACAUGUGCGAGAUUUCUUUGGCAAGCGAUUCAAGGCCGAGAACUACAAGCAUUUGCGAGCGAACGACGGGUAUGCGCCCUUGUAUAGCGACUUUGACAACUUCUACAUCAGACGACUGCAAUUGCGAAUCAAUGACUGUUUCAGACGACCCGUGACUGGUGUGCCUGGUCGUUUCAUCACCCUGCUGGAUAGGACGAGCGAUGACUUCAACUUGUCCUUCAAGCUGACCGGCACGACGACCGAGACUCUCAACAUGUCCUCCUACAACUACCUUGGUUUCGCACAAGCCGACGGUGAAUGCGCAGACGCUGCUGAGCAGAGCAUCAAGAAAUACGGCAUCUCCUUCUGCUCUUCCCGAGCAGAUAUCGGCACGAGUGAUCUCCAUCUGGACGUCGAACGCCAAGUCGCGAACUUCGUCGGCAAGGAGGCCGCUAGCAUCCACAGCAUGGGUUUCGUGACCAAUGCUUCGGUUUUCCCGGCUCUGGUUGGAAAAGGCUGUCUUCUUAUUUCCGAUCAAUUGAACCACGCCUCAAUCCGCUUCGGUGCCCGUGUCUCCGGAGCCGUCAUCGACAUGUUCAAACACAACGAUAUGAGUGAUCUGGAACGCGUGCUCCGCGAGCGUAUCUCGCAAGGCCAACCGCGUACUCAUCGCCCAUGGCGCAAGAUCCUCGUUGCAGUCGAGGGUCUGUACAGCAUGGAGGGUACUAUGUGCAAUCUACCUGGUCUCGUGGCUCUCAAGCGCCGCUACAAGUUUGCGCUCUACGUGGACGAGGCGCACAGUAUCGGUGCCCUAGGCCCUCACGGCCGCGGCGUCUGCGAUUACUUUGGCAUCGACCCUAAGGAGAUUGACAUCCUUAUGGGGACCUUCACGAAAUCAUUCGGCGCGAAUGGAGGAUACAUCUGCGCCGACCGUGCCAUCGUCGACAAGAUCCGCGCUACGAACGCCGGAACUAUCUUCGGCGAAGCACCCACGCCUGCUGUUCUUACCCAGAUUACGACAUCGCUUAAAAUCAUCUCUGGCGACAUCGCACCAGGCCAAGGCGAGGAGCGUCUGCAACGUCUGGCUUUCAACUCUCGAUAUGUUCGCCUCGGUCUCAAGCGUCUCGGAUUCAUCUGCUAUGGUCAUGACGACAGUCCCAUCAUUCCGCUGCUUCUAUACCACCCAGCCAAGAUUCCCGCCUUCUCCCGCGAGAUGCUCAAGCGAAAAAUCUCUGUUGUUGUGGUUGGGUACCCUGCUACUCCUUUGAUCUCCUCCCGUGUACGACUGUGCGUGUCGGCUGCACACACCAAGGACGAUCUUGACCGACUGCUCGCUGCAUGUGAUCAAGCGGGUGAUGUUCUGCAGCUCAAGUUCUCUUCUGGUGUCGCUGGUGGCCAGGAGCCUCCGGUUGCUAUCGAGGGUGCUCUACCAGGUCAGAAGGCUGAGCCAGAGGAGGUCGAGAGGUCGUGUCUCGAGAUUGGUGGAGGCGUACCAGUCAUGCCACCAAGGUGGAAGCUUGCGGAUGUCAUCAAGCGUGGUGUGGCGGACGUGAAGCAGCCACUUUACUAA